UGUCGCGGCACCUUCAGUCUGAGUCUUGUCCUCGUCGCAGUUGAACGGCGACAGCUCAGACUGACUCUUUCUUUCUCGGAUAUUCGUCCGUUUGGAUUUCUAUAUUUCGCAUUCACUGACACGGACUCGUCUCCAAACACUGUACUGAAGCCUUCUCGCUCUGACACGGUGACUCCAGACAGACGGGACGGACGGACGGACUGGCUGAGAGACGCUGGGGGAAAAGAAGUGGGCUGAUAAAGAGAUAAGGAGGAUAGAGGGGAGAAGAACAACCUAUCGAGGAGUGGCGGCCAGAGUAACGGAAGAGCACAUGAAGAGGGUCGGCAGCAGCACAGCAACAUCCUGACCGGUAGCCUUGCUUUCUGCACCCACAACACACGCCCGGCAACUCCAGGAAGCGGGCGUCAGAAAGGGAAGGAGACGUGCGACGACCGCUCCUGCAGGCAUGAGGUCCUUCCGUUCCUUUAGUAACGAUGACCGCCAUGUCAUGGCAAAACACUCCACCAUCUACCCGUCCUCUCAGGAGCUCGAGGCAGUCCAGACACUGGUGUCCACGGUGGAGUGUGCCCUCAAACACGUCUCUGAUUGGCUGGAUCAGAGCGCCGUCGUCGCCGAGAGCCAACCAGCAGACAGCACGCAGGGCGACGAACCCAGCGGCGAAACUUUGGAAUCCAGUGACAGUUACAGGGAGUCCAGUGGUGGUGGCGGCGUGUUGUGUGGAGUGAUGAGGAUCGGCCUCGUGGCCAAAGGCCUCCUCAUCAAAGGGGACAUGGACCUGGAGCUGGUGUUGAUGUGCAGAGACAAACCCACACAGACGCUGCUGGACACUGUCUGUCACAAUUUACCCACACAGAUAGAGAAGCUGACAGAGGAGAAGUACGAGGUCACGAGCUCCUUGCCCGAGGCAGCCAUCUUGGUACAAACUAAAACAGAACCCAGACUCACGCUGAAGAUCACCCUCACGUCGCCCGCCAUGAGGGAAGACGGAGACGAGGAGGAGGAGGAGGAGGAGGAGGAGGAGGAGGAAGCAGAGGAGGAAGAGACGGUGGAGAACGGGCUGGAGGGAGGAGAGGUUGAGGAGGGGAAGGAGGCGGAGGAGGACGUGCAGGAGGAAGAGGAAGAGCAGGAGAAGGUGAACGGCCAAGUGUUGGGUGCUGCUGCGCAGAGAGUGGAGGCUGAGGAGGAGGAGGAGGAGGAGGAGGAGGGGGAGGUGCUGGAUAGACACAGAUGUCUGUUGGCCCUGGCAGCGCUGCGACACGCCAAGUGGUUCCAGGCGCGAGUGAACGGGCUCAAGUCCUGCGUCAUUGUUCUCAGGAUACUUAGAGACAUGUGCAACAGACACCCCGUCUGGGAACCUCUCAAAGGAUGGCCCUUAGAGCUCAUCUGUGAGAAGGCAAUCGCCACUUGCAACAGACCUCUUGGUGCUGGAGAAGCCCUGCGCAGAGUCAUGGAGUGUCUGGCCUCAGGCAUAGUGCUACCAGGUGGUCCAGGUUUACACGACCCAUGUGAGAAAGAGCCAACAAACACACUAGCCAACAUGACUGACCAGCAGGCGGAGGCCAUUACCUUCAGUGCACAGCAUGCGCUCAGACUCAUGGCAUUCGGGCAGAUCUACAAGGUGCUGGAGAUGGAGCCUCUCCCCUCAAAUAAACCGUCACAGAAAUACCCUUGGUGUGAUAAAGAAGGCUUAGCGCUGAAGAGGCCAUACGAGGACGGAUUCAUGGAUGACAAGGAUCUCAUCAAGAAGAUGAAGAGGAAUCUGAGGAAAGUCUUGGACAGUAAAGCCAUAGACUCCAACCAGCCAAUGAAUGCUCUGAUGCGGCUGAACCAGAUACGGCCAGGGCUUCAGUAUCGCCUGCUGUCUCAGUCGGGCCCGGUUCACGCUCCGGUCUUCACCAUGUCGGUGGAUCUCGAUGGAACCAUUUACGAAGCGUCGGGAUCCUCCAAGAAGACCGCCAAGCUGCAUGUCGCUGUCAAGGUUCUCCAGGCGAUGGGCUACCCGACGGGUUUCGACUCAGACCUGGACCCCAUGAGUUCGGACGAGAAGUCGGACGGCGAGGGGAAAAGCGACACGUCCUCACACACUAGCAAUAACCCCACGCACUCCUCGGACAGCUCCAACACACUCGAGGUGCGAACUCAGGGUCCCAUUCUGACAGCGAGUGGGAAGAAUCCUGUCAUGGAGCUGAACGAGAAGAGGCGAGGCCUAAAGUAUGAGCUCAUCUCUGAGAGUGGAGGCAGCCAUGACAAACGCUUUAUAAUGGAGGUGGAGGUGGAUGGGCAGAAGUUCCGCGGGGCAGGCCCCAACAAAAAGGUAGCAAAGGCCAGCGCUGCUCUGGCAGCUCUGGAAAAACUCUUCUCUGGCCCCAACGCUGCUGCAAACAAGAAAAAGAAGAUACUGCCUCAGACUAAAGGAGCCCUGGCGGCGGCGGCGGCGGCCUCAGCGGUAGCAGCUCAGGUAGCCAGAGGAAGAGGAAGAGCGGCCCUCGCGAGAGGAGCCUUCGUCAGUGCAGCUGCACCCGGAUACGUCACGCAAGGCUUCGGGACACCAUAUGGCUACAGCCCUGCUGCUGCCGCUGCUGCAGCUGCUCCUGCAUACGGUUUGCCCAAGAGAAUGCUUCUGUUGCCUGUCAUGAAAGUCCCCGCCUACCCCGUCCCCCACUACCACUUCUUUUAGCACAGGAGACAUGCAAACCAAACCAUGCACCUUUUUUUCUAGAAGGGAAUCUCUCAGUCUGUUUUGUGUUCUUUUUUUUUCUACGAUAUCAGUGAUGGGCGUGGGGGUGGAUGGGGGUUACAUGAGCUGAAGAUUGUUUUUGUUUUUUUUAAAAAUGUUUUUGGUUUUUUUUGCUUUUUAUUUUUCAUUUUCAUCGUGUUUCCAAAUACGUUAUGAACGUGAAAUGGCAGGUUUUUAAGUUCUUAAAAGAUAAAAACUUGAAGGAUUUUUACUGUGAAUUGUUACCUCGUUCCUUGAGUCUAAAUUAUGAAUAUAUAUAUAUAUAUAUAUAUAUAUAUAUAUAUAUAUAUAUAUAUAUAUCAGCCUUUUGUUAUUUUUCUUAUUCUUUGCUCAGAGAAGGAUAGCUUUUGCAAUAUGACACACACACACACACAACACACACACACACACAUUCUCUGUAAAAAAAAAAAAGAAGUAAAUAAUGUGAGCUGUGUGAAGGAUGUAUAGGAUUAAAUAAUGUUGAAGAAUUAAUAAAGUUUAUCUCCUAUAAAAAGCUGAAAA